AUGCACAUUGAGAGUCUCUUGGGAUGGCUCGGGGUGCUCUCUCUGAGCACCGGAGCUCUGUCUCAUCCUUACCAUGACGGGUGGAACGAGUACGCGCAUGGCAAGCGCCAUCUGAUAGCCAGACAGCAACCUCUGUCAAACACCACGAGACCAGCAUCGUCAACGCAGCCACCCAUUACACCUGAUCCUCGGUCAUCCACUCGUAUCUCGUCGACAUUCACAACCAUUGGAACAUCGAGCUCGGCCCCGGCAACCUCUACACUCUCCGGCGGCGAAACCGUCGUUGCUGUGAUAGGUGCGACAUACGUAGCCGGUGCGGGCGGUGCAACUUUGAUGGUCGGCGGUACACCGCACACUCUCGCCGCAGGGACCAUCGUGACCAUCACUGCCGGGGGUACUAACGGCGAUACCCCGGAGAUUGAAACGGUCUCAAACCCGAACCCCACACAGAACCCGAGAACCUCGGAUCCGGUUUCCCGGCCCGCGUCGUCUUCUGCACCAUUUAGUCCAACCCCCACAUCUUCGGGGUCCCCGACAUCAUCAUCGGCAACACCGUCAUCUACGGAGUCACCAACGCCAUACAUCAUUCUUACCUCGCAAAAUGCCACAAAGGAAGAAAUUCAGAACGUGAACAGCACGCUCGCUAAGGAUGCCACUCCCAACUCUUUGUCCGAGGUUACCAGUGAUCGCACUGGUCUUGUGGUCUUCUUCAAGGCAGCGAUAAGCUCUAGCCAGGCUGACUCCAUCGGAAAGCAGCCAGGGAUUGCGGGGGUUACCCCAGACGAGAAACUCGAGGAAGAGCAGCCACCCUCUUCAUCGGCCCCACCAACUUCAGCGACACGCCAUCCGUCUGCCACUGGUCCCCCAGGCUCUCCGAAGACGAGUGUUCCUAACCCAGGCGACAUAAGACUUCAAUCUGAUGCCGUUGACGAGCUCAAGGCGAUCUCGCAACCUGCUGGUGCAAGUCUUGCUGAGCUCCCUGGCUACGGCUAUGCAUCUGAAGCUGGCAAAGGCGUCACCAUCUACGUGAUAGACACGGGUGCCAACGCUCAGAACACUGAAUGGUCUGGCAUGCCUGGGUCUAAGGCAUUCAUGUAUGCCCCCGGUGCCACGCAGGAAGAGACAGACUUUCUGAAUCACGGCUCAUGCGUGGCUUCCAAGGCUGGCGGGCCUGCUUACGGCACUGCAAAGGACGCAGACAUGGUCGCAGUGAAGCUGCCUAGUGAUUUGUCAAUCUCUGCCAUCUUCACUGCCUUGGUAGAAAUCAGUAAUGAUGUAUACCAAAAGAAGCUAGAAGGAAAGGCUGUCAUCAACAUGUCUCUUGGAUCACGUAUUCCGGACAAAUUGUCCUCCACCACAACUGCAUACAAGCUCCUCCUUGUAGCGCUGAUGGCCGAGGAUAUUAUCAUCGUUACCGCUUCGGGAAACGACGCGCAAUUCGGUGUCGACGAUGUUACCGAGUACCCCGCUCUUUUCGGCCCUGAUACCGACAUUAUUGUGGUAGGGGCAGUCGAAAACGAUGGGUAUCGUGCCUUCUUCUCUCAAGGUACCGGAAGCCAGUUGACUGUCUCUGCUCCUGGCUUCGUCGACUGUGCAUCUGGAAGAUCAAGUGGAUCACAGGAGCUUUAUGGCACUUCUUUUGCCACCCCUGCCGUUGCUGGUGUUGUCGCCGUCUGGCUCUCCCAAGAUGAGCACCGGGACAGGCUUCAGGUCCCUGGAAAGGUCGCCGCAAAUGUCAAAGCUAUGGUUCAGUCUCUGGCAUAUUCCAGAGUUGAAGGAGAGCCAGCAGUCAUUUGGAAUGGCUGCGCCGUCGGGUGGAAGCUGUCAGGCAACUUCUGCAGCACCAUCGAGCAUUGCCAGCUCUACUCCGCCAGCGUCGACUGCUACUGUUGUGCCCACAUCGGCGGCAGUCACUUCUGCGGCACCGUCGUCGUCAGCCUCAGCCCAACCCUCUCCGCCGCCGAAGCCCACGUGGAGCGAUAA